AUCCCUUAAUGUCUAAAAGUUUAUUCAGCUUUAGAGCAGCUUAUGAUAAACUUCUCGCAAUUUUAAGCUGUUUAAGGAUUGCCAUGCCGAGAGCUGCUUUUACAUCACUGUAUGCCAAGAUGCUACUCACGCUUCUUGCAGGAUGUGUUAUAAUGAUUAAAGGCCAAACAACAGGUUCAACCCAAGUUUCUGCUUUUCCAAACUAGGGGCUGCAUUAAAGGCAAAGUGAUAAUCUAAUUUUAAUAAAUGACAUGUUUUUGGAUUUUAUUUUAUUUAACAAUCAAAACAGAAAACGUUUUCAUGUCACACAAUGAUAAAAGAAUUUGAGCAAUAAGAACAAAUAAAAAGGUAUGCCAUUUGCUUAUUAUGCUCACAGUGAGAAAGUAUUCUUAGAAUGUUGAAAUACUAGAUGAGUUUUUAUUGUGUGACUGCUUCUUUUGUAAAACCUCUUUUUGUUUACUGUCUGAGCAGCAUUGUCUUUAUUCUACCAUGGCCUCUGGCAGGAACUUAUGUGUAUAAUAAUCAGAACUGGUUCAGUGAUUCUGGGAAACACAAACCAGGAAGCAGCUAAUCAAAAUAAUUCUGUCACAGUAUUCAUAAUGUGAUAAAGGUGCUCUUAUUAGUAACUUAAAUCAAUAUCAGCACUUUAAAAACAUAUAGACCAAUAGGGUGUUUCUGGAUUCCGACUGGUCAGAAACCUUAAUUAACUAACGUUCUGACAAUAGUGCAUCUGAAAAUUACAGGUUUAUAUCAAUGUGCUGAUUUUAGUAUGUUAUUGCAUUUAUAGUACAAGCUCAUUCACAGGAACUUGGUAUGCUAGGUGUCUCCAGACUCAGCAUUACUGUCAGGAACAGCUGGACAGUUCCCUGCCAGGCCCAGAGAGGGCGCUGGCAGGUGAACCUUGGAAGCCUGCUUUUCUGUGUGUCUUUGGUGUUAUGCCCUUCCCAUUGUUCUCAUUCCUGGUGUGUCACCUGUAUCCCAUUAGCCCUAAUGUCUCUCCCUAUAAAUAGGGAUCCUUGUGUUCAUGUCUUUGUCUGUGAUUGUUAACUGUGCCGUGGUGUUAUGUCAGGUUUAGUUAUGUUCAGGUUUUGUUUUGCCAUGUUUAGGUUUUGUUUCUCCAUGUUCAGGUUUUGUCUUUUGUUUAGUUUUACACCAUGCAAUGUCUAGUGUUAAGUUAGUUGCUCUAUGUCUUGUCUUUAUGUAAUAAAAGCAGUGCUUCGCUGAAUCCUGUGUAUGGGUCUCUAUCUCCACGGCGUGCAGGUACGUGCACGCAACACUAUGGCAGUCCGGGUUCGAACCCCGCACAGGGUGGGGGUCCCGGACGUGACAAUUAUUUAACUAUAAGAGAUUAAGCUUUACAUUUGCAUGGUUCAACAUCUUCCAGACAGAAAAGUUAGCUUAAAGAAAGGAGAAACAAAUGCUGGUGAAGGAAUGACUAAAGGUUUCAUGUAAAAAGCAUGUUUCAAGUGCCUUCUUCAUUCACCACUACUGAAACAUAUCACAGCAUAAAAAAAAAAAAAAAUAAUGCUGUGCUGAAGCUGAAAUUCUUUUGUUUUCUUUAUUAAAAUGAGUUAAUGCAAACAUUAACAAGCCAAGCUGCUCGGUAAAACAUGAGACAGGAAAAAUCCAAGUUGAAAAUCUUCACUGCUAUACAUUGUGAAAUUCAUUGAGAGCAAAAUGAUGCAACAAUGGUCAAUCGAAUCCGCAAUUAUCAAUUGAAAAAAUGGGAUUCAAUGUCAUGCAGAAAAAUUAGUCAAUAAAAUUAAAAGCAUACUAAAGAUAAGGUCAGGUGAUAGCUCUGAGGAGUUGCCGGUACCUAACAGCCAUAAGGGUACCGUCAGCUAGCCCGUAAAGGUCUGUGCAACCCUCCAAGUGUAUUCCUCCCCAGACCAUCACUUACCCAAUAUGUAACAAUUAGUAAUUCCAAUAAAUAAAUUUAUACUUACUGUAUUUAAUAAUUUAAUAGCUAAAGCAACAACAACCAUAAUAAUGAAAAAAUAAAUUAAUAAAAGAAUAAUAAUUUUAGUAACCAGGAAUGAAAUUAUUUAUAAAAUUGUUAUUAUUAUUAUUAUUAUUAUUAAUUAUGUCUAUGGCCACACCAGCCUCACCUUCCCAGAAACCGCCUGCAUGCCCUUGCUCAAAGUCACCGUCCAUUUGAUUGUUUUCAUAUAUGUGUAAUUAUUAUGUUAUAUAUAUUAUAUUAUAUAUAUAUUAUAACAGCAGAAACAACAACUACUGCUCCAACAACAGCAGAAACAACAGUCACUGCUCCAACAACAGCAGAAACAACAACCACUGCUCCAACAACAGCAGAAACAACAACCAUCUUUACAACAACAACUGACAUAAUCACAUCUUCAGCAACAGCAGAAACAACAACUGCUGCUCCAACAACAGCAGAAACAACAACUACUGCUCCAACAACAGCAGAAACAACAAUCACUGCUCCAACAACAGCAGAAACAACAACCAAUGCUCCAACAACAGCAGAUACAACAACUACUGCUCCAACAACAGCAGAAACAACAACCACUGCUCCAACAACAGCAGAAACAUCAAGCACUGCUCCAACAACAGCAGAAACAACAACCACUGCUCCAACAACAGCAGAAACAUCAAGCACUGCUCCAACAACAGCAGAAACAACAACUGCUGCUCCAACAACAGCAGAAACAACAAUCACUGCUCCAACAACAGCAGAAACAACAACCACUGCUCCAACAACAGCAGAAACAACAAUCACUGCUCCAACAACAGCAGAAACAACAACCACUGCUCCAACAACAGCAGAAACAACAACUACUGCUCCAACAACAGCAGAAACAACAACCACUGCUCCAACAACAGCAGAAACAACAACCACUGCUCCAACAACAGCAGAAACAUCAAGCACUGCUCCAACAACAGCAGAAACAACAACUGCUCCUCCAACAACAGCAGAAACAACAAUCAGUGCUCCAACAACAGCAGAAACAACAACCACUGCUCCAACAACAGCAGAAACAUCAAGCACUGCUCCAACAACAGCAGAAACAACAACUGCUGCUCCAACAACAGCAGAAACAACAAUCACUGCUCCAACAACAGCAGAAACAACAACCACUGCUCCAACAACAGCAGAAACAACAACCACUGCUCCAACAACAGCAGAAACAUCAAUCACUGCUCCAACAACAGCAGAAACAACAAUCACUGCUCCAACAACAGCAGAAACAACAAUCACUGCUCCAACAACAGCAGAAACAACAAUCACUGCUCCAACAACAGCAGAAACAACAAUCACUGCUCCAACAACAGCAGAAACAACAACCACUGCUCCAACAACAGCAGAAACAACAACCAUCUUUACAACAACAACUGACAUAACAACCAUCUUUACAACAACAACUGACAUAACAACCACAUCUUCAGCAACAGCAGAAACAACCACCACUCCAACAACAGCAGAAACAACCACCACUCCAACAACAGCAGAAACAACAAUCACUGCUCCAACAACAGCAGAAACAACAACCACUGCUCGAACAACAGCAGAAACAACAACUACUGCUCCAACAACAGCAGAAACAACAACCACUGCUCCAACAACAGCAGAAACAACAACCACUGCUCCAACAACAGCAGAAACAUCAAGCACUGCUCCAACAACAGCAGAAACAACAACUGCUGCUCCAACAACAGCAGAAACAACAAAUACUGCUCCAACAACAGCAGAAACAACAAUCACUGCUCCAACAACAGCAGAAACAACAACCACUGCUCCAACAACAGCAGAAACAACAACCACUGCUCCAACAACAGCAGAAACAACAACCACUGCUCCAACAACAGCAGAAACAACAAUCACUGCUCCAACAACAGCAGAAACAACAACCACUGCUCCAACAACAGCAGAAACAACAAUCACUGCUCCAACAACAGCAGAAACAACAAUCACUGCUCCAACAACAGCAGAAACAACAAUCACUGCUCCAACAAUAGCAGAAACAACAAUCACUGCUCCAACAACAGCAGAAACAACAAUCUCUGCUCCAACAACAGCAGAAACAACAAUCACUGCUCCAACAACAGCAGAAACAACAACUACUGCUCCAACAACAGCAGAAACAACAGUCACUGCUCCAACAACAGCAGAAACAACAACCACUGCUCCAAGAACAGCAGAAACAACAACCAUCUUUACAACAACAACUGACAUAACAACCACAUCUUCAGCAACAGCAGAAACAACCACCACUCCAACAACAGCAGAAAUAACCACCACUCCAACAACAGCAGAAACAACAAUCACUGCUCCAACAACAGCAGAAACAACAACCACUGCUCCAACAACAGCAGAAACAACAACUACUGCUCCAACAAUAGCAGAAACAAAAAUCACUGCUCCAACAACAGCAGAAACAACAACUACUGCUCCAACAACAGCAGAAACAACAACCACUGCUCCAACAACAGCAGAAACAACAAUCACUGCUCCAACAACAGCAGAAACAACAACUGCUGCUCCAACAACAGCAGAAACAACAACUACUGCUCCAACAACAGCAGAAACAACAACCACUGCUCCAACAACAGCAGAAACAACAACCACUGCUCCAACAAUAGCAGAAACAACAAUCACUGCUCCAACAACAGCAGAAACAACAAUCUCUGCUCCAACAACAGCAGAAACAACAAUCACUGCUCCAACAACAGCAGAAACAACAACUACUGCUCCAACAACAGCAGAAACAACAGUCACUGCUCCAACAACAGCAGAAACAACAACCACUGCUCCAAGAACAGCAGAAACAACAACCAUCUUUACAACAACAACUGACAUAACAACCACAUCUUCAGCAACAGCAGAAACAACCACCACUCCAACAACAGCAGAAAUAACCACCACUCCAACAACAGCAGAAACAACAAUCACUGCUCCAACAACAGCAGAAACAACAAUCACUGCUCCAACAACAGCAGAAACAACAAUCACUGCUCCAACAACAGCAGAAACAACAAUCACUGCUCCAACAACAGCAGAAACAACAACCACUGCUCCAACAACAGCAGAAACAACAACCACUGCUCCAACAACAGCAGAAACAACUACUGCUCCAACAACAGCAGAAACAACAACUGCUGCUCCAACAACAGCAGAAACAACAACUACUGCUCCAACAACAGCAGAAACAACAACCACUGCUCCAACAACAGCAGAAACAACAAUCACUGCUCCAACAACAGCAGAAACAACAAUCACUGCUCCAACAAUAGCAGAAACAACAAUCACUGCUCCAACAAUAGCAGAAACAACAAUCACUGCUCCAACAACAGCAGAAACAACAAUCACUGCUCCAACAACAGCAGAAACAACAAUCACUGCUCCAACAAUAGCAGAAACAACAAUCACUGCUCCAACAACAGCAGAAACAACAACCACUGCUCCAACAACAGCAGAAACAACAACCAGUGCUCCAACAACAGCAGAAACAACAACCAUCUUUACAACAACAACUGACAUAACAACCACAUCUUCAGCAAUAACAGAAACAACAUCCAUUGCUUCAACAGCACCAGACAUUACCACCGCUCAAACAACAAUAGAAGAAACAACCACUGCUCCAACAACAGCAGAAACAACAACUACUGCUCCAACAACAGCAGAAACAACAAUCACUGCUCCAACAACAGCAGAAACAACAAUCACUGCUCCAACAACAGCAGAAACAACAAUCACUGCUCCAACAACAGCAGAAACAACAACCACUGCUCCAACAACAGCAGAAACAACAACCAGUGCUCCAACAACAGCAGAAACAACAACCAUCUUUACAACAACAACUGACAUAACAACCACAUCUUCAGCAAUAACAGAAACAACAUCCAUUGCUUCAACAGCACCAGACAUUACCACCGCUCAAACAACAAUAGAAGAAACAACCACUGCUCCAACAACAGCAGAAACAACAACCACUGCUCCAUCAACAGCAGAAACAACAACUACUGCUCCAACAACAGCAGAAACAACAAUCACUGCUCCAACAACAGCAGAAACAACAAUCACUGCUCCAACAACAGCAGAAACAACAAUCACUGCUCCAACAACAGCAGAAACAACAACCACUGCUCCAACAACAGCAGAAACAACAACCAGUGCUCCAACAACAGCAGAAACAACAACCAUCUUUACAACAACAACUGACAUAACAACCACAUCUUCAGCAAUAACAGAAACAACAUCCAUUGCUUCAACAGCACCAGACAUUACCACCGCUCAAACAACAAUAGAAGAAACAACUACUGCUCCAACAACAGCAAAAACAACAACUACUGCUCCAACAACAGCAGAAACAACAACUACUGCUCCAACAACAGCAGAAACAACAACUGCUGCUCCAACAACAGCAGAAACAACAACUACUGCUCCAACAACAGCAGAAACAACAACUACUGCUCCAACAACAGCAGAAACAACAACCACUGCUCCAACAACAACAGAAACAACAACCACUGCUCCAACAACAGCAGAAACAACAACCAUCUUUACAACAACAACUGACAUAACAACCACAUCUUCAGCAAUAACAGAAACAACAUCCAUUGCUUCAACAGCACCAGACAUUACCACCGCUCAAACAACAAUAGAAGAAACAACCACUGCUCCAACAACAGCAGAAACAACAACUACUGCUCCAACAACAGCAGAAACAACAAUCACUGCUCCAACAACAGCAGAAACAACAAUCACUGCUCCAACAACAGCAGAAACAACAAUCACUGCUCCAACAACAGCAGAAACAACAACCACUGCUCCAACAACAGCAGAAACAACAACCAGUGCUCCAACAACAGCAGAAACAACAACCAUCUUUACAACAACAACUGACAUAACAACCACAUCUUCAGCAAUAACAGAAACAACAUCCAUUGCUUCAACAGCACCAGACAUUACCACCGCUCAAACAACAAUAGAAGAAACAACCACUGCUCCAACAACAGCAGAAACAACAACCACUGCUCCAUCAACAGCAGAAACAACAACUACUGCUCCAACAACAGCAGAAACAACAAUCACUGCUCCAACAACAGCAGAAACAACAAUCACUGCUCCAACAACAGCAGAAACAACAAUCACUGCUCCAACAACAGCAGAAACAACAACCACUGCUCCAACAACAGCAGAAACAACAACCAGUGCUCCAACAACAGCAGAAACAACAACCAUCUUUACAACAACAACUGACAUAACAACCACAUCUUCAGCAAUAACAGAAACAACAUCCAUUGCUUCAACAGCACCAGACAUUACCACCGCUCAAACAACAAUAGAAGAAACAACUACUGCUCCAACAACAGCAAAAACAACAACUACUGCUCCAACAACAGCAGAAACAACAACUACUGCUCCAACAACAGCAGAAACAACAACUGCUGCUCCAACAACAGCAGAAACAACAACUACUGCUCCAACAACAGCAGAAACAACAACUACUGCUCCAACAACAGCAGAAACAACAACCACUGCUCCAACAACAACAGAAACAACAACCACUGCUCCAACAACAGCAGAAACAACAACCAUCUUUACAACAACAACUGACAUAACAACCACAUCUUCAGCAAUAACAGAAACAACAUCCAUUGCUUCAACAGCACCAGACAUUACCACUGCUCAAACAACAAUAGAAGAAACAACCACUGCUCCAACAACAGCAGAAACAACAAGUACUGCUCCAACAACAGCAGAAACAUCAACCACUGCUCCAACAACAGCAGAAACAACAACCAUCUUUACAACAACUCACAUAACAACCACAUCUUCAGCAAUAACACAAGAAACAAGCUCCUCUGCAAAAACAACAGAAAUAACAACCACCUCUCAUACAACAAAAGAAACAACCACCGCUCCAGGAACAGCAGAAACAACCACCACUCAAACAACAGCAGAAACAACCACCACUUCAACAACAGCGGAAACAACAAUCACUGCUCCAACAACAGCAGAAACAACAUCCAUUGCUUCAACAACACCAGACAUUACCACCGCUCAAACAACAAUAAAAGAAACAACCACUGCUCCAACAACAGCAGAAACAACAACCACUGCUCCAACAACAGCAGAAACAACAACCAUCUUUACAAUAAGAACUGACAUAACAACCACAUCUUCAGCAAUAACAGAAACAACAUUCAUUGCUUCAACAACAUCAGACAUUACCACCGCUCAAACAACAAAAGAAGAAACAACCACUGCUCCAACAACAGCAGAAACAACAACUACUGCUCCAACAACAGCAGAAACAUCAAUCACUGCUCCAACAACAGCAGAAACAACAAUCACUGCUCCAACAACAGCAGAAACAACAAUCACUGCUCCAACAACAGCAGAAACAACAAUCACUGCUCCAACAACAGCAGAAACAACAACUGCUGCUCCAACAACAGCAGAAACAACAAUCACUGCUCCAACAACAGCAGAAACAACAAUCACUGCUCCAACAACAGCAGAAACAACAACUACUGCUCCAACAACAGCAGAAACAACAAUCACUGCUCCAACAACAGCAGAAAAGUCUGCUCAAGCAGUGGUCACAAUACAGUCUGUCACUGAACUAAGCGAUGAAAAAAUCAUCAUAUAUAUAGAAGAGUUUUACCAACGCAUCCAGGCUACGGUUAAUGGCACCAUUAAGAUGAGGGUGAAAAAGAUCGAAAAAGUGACACCUUAA